CAAUAACGAACGGCAUUCACUGCGCUUCCGUUGCCCAUGACACCGGAACGAAGUUCUGACAGCUGAUUCUCCAAUCAGUUUAUAUCCACUCCGAGCCCCCAAAUAAUAAUUUUAGAAGUUAUUUAGAGUCGGGCGUGCCUCCUAUAAUCUCCGGCUGGAGUUGCAGACAGCGCCUUGAACAGAAGAGGGCAGCUGAUUAUGGUGUAGCACGGAGCGCUAGCUCUGAGACAGCAGGCAUUUGAGCAGCGGUGCAGCACAGUGCAGCGUGGGGCAGACCGAGGCACAUCACAGCAGUGUAGCCAUGCUUACAUUGGCCAGUAAGCUGAAGAGGGACGAUGGAGGAAAAACGGGCCGUGCCUCCGGAGCCUCCGACUCCACCCACAGGGUCUCCAUCAGGGACCGCCUCCUUACCAAAGAAGUUGCAGAACUUGAAGCCAAUCUCCCUAGUACAUGCAAAGCCAGUUUCCCAGAUGAGGACAAGCUGCAUCAUUUUCAGCUGGCAGUGUCUCCUGAUGAGGGUUACUACCAAAGUGGAAGGUUUCAGUUUGAAAUAGACGUCCCCGAAGCCUAUAACAUGGUGCCUCCUAAAGUGAGAUGUCUGACCAGAAUAUGGCAUCCUAACAUCACAGAGAAUGGAGAGAUCUGUUUAAGCUUAUUGCGGGAACACUCUAUUGAUGGCACAGGCUGGGCCCCCACCAGAACAUUAAAGGACGUAGUCUGGGGAUUGAACUCCUUGUUUACUGACCUGUUGAACUUUGAUGACCCGUUGAACAUCGAUGCAGCAGAACAUCAUCUGAGAGAUAAGGAGGAUUUUCGGAAUAAGGUUCAAGAUUACAUCAAGCACUACGCCAGAUGAUAGAAGCAUCGGCUACCUACAUCAGCCUGCACCAACCAACCAAACUGCUCUACCUUGCCUCUGCUUAUCUUGGCCAACACCCCCACAUGUGUGAAUCAACAGCUGACUCUUUGACUCUUACCACUCCCCUCCUCUUGACACCACAACCCCGCCCAUGCCCUGCUGUUCACCUGAUUGCAAUAAACUCCACGUUGCAGGAGCGAAAUAAAAAAAGAAAAAAAUGAUGCGUUUCAGGAAGGGCUUGCACACAAGAAAAAUAUGCUUUGAUUAUCCUAAUCGAUUAAGUGUUACAAUGACCACAAUGUCUGCUCAUUGUGGCAAGAUCACUGAAUGACGCCGCCGCUGAAGUGUCCCUGAGCCUGUCAGAAACGAGAAAUGGUAACGAACGGCAAGGGAUUUGAUGUGACGAUUCACCGGAGGGAAAAAAAAAAAGAAAAAAGAAAGGAAGUCACAUUCAGCUGUUUUAAAAUUUGACGAAUCAAGAGAAAGAAUAUGUUACUAUCAGCUCUCUGUUCCAGUGCCUGCCAUGUUUGUGUCGCUAAAGAGAAAAUGCAUGUGAGUUCACAAACAUAUACACAGACACACAUACAGUGUCACAUCCUGUAGUAAAAGGUGAACACAUACAUACAUACACAGAUUUCUGUACAUCUGUCUAUUACUCACACGCACUCAAGUUGGAAAGCCUAAAGCCCCCACAAGACAGCAUGUGAAUGAACACAUUCUCCUGUUCUGUUGACAUUCUCCUUGCAUGUGCGCACACACACACAGGCACAAAACUCACACACAGACCUUCUGUGUGUUUUAAGCUCCAGUUGGAUAAAGUACGACUACUAAAACAAUGGCCAAAUGAUGUAUUGUACUGUUUUCAGCUUCACCUGCUCUCGGCGCCCCUGCUCUUCCUCUCCUCACUGUCCUUUUUUGUCCUUCCUCCAACUGUCUCUCUGUUUCACACAGACACACGCACAACCACAUGUAUUUUUCUGUUGAGGAUGGAGAGGUUUAUUCAUACUUACAGUGCAAUCAGAAAGUACCAUGACAGUGACACAUUUUUAAUGUGUUCACUCUGUACUUUAGCACAGUGAAACAAUGACUACGAGUUUAAAUUAAUGAUUUAGAUUUAAUUUUACAUCCAUAAAAAAUAAACAGUCUAGAAAUUGUAGCUCAUUUUGCACAUAGUCCCCCAGGUUUAAUGGACGAAAUGUUAUUGAACAUGUGAACAUAAACUUAAACAUAUAAUUAAUAUUUUUUUUACAAUAACAAUACCCACUUUACCUGCACAGCACCAAACAGCUGUUAGCAAAUAGUUGGUGAACAUAGUGGAGCAUUUAGCAGCUAAAGAGUCAGAUAUUUCCCUCAGGAGUUGGUAGAGACUAAAUGCAGAGCUAAAAUAGAGUGAAUAUUGGACUUACAUUCAUCAGGUGGACAGAAACAGGACUCCAAAUUAAUGCUGAUGUUGCUCCGUAACUGCUUGAUGUGUAAAUAAGCAACAGCUUUCUAAUAAGUUUGCCAUAUCAUCUUAAAAGGUGAUGAUAUGUCAAUGUUGUGUGCACAGCUUGUUUCCACUGCCACCAAGUGGCCAAAAAUAUCAGUUAUUGCAGGUUUAAAUAAAGUCGUCAUAAAUAUUUUGUUGCAAAUCUUUUGCAGUCAAUGACGUCUGAUGUCGAAGUCUGUGGCCCAUUGACAUCAGCAGACACUUGUUUUCAUCCCUGGUGAUGCUCAGUCAGGCCAGUCAUGCAGCCAUCUUCACUUCCUGCUUGUUUAAAGUGAUGCACACACUCAAUUGGAUUGAUGUGAGGUGACUGACCUGACUGCUGUUUGUCAAGAACAAUAAACUGGCCAUAAAAAUGAUUUUGUCUGUAUGUUUAGGAACAUUCUCCUAAAAGUUGGGUCCUACACUGAACGUCAGCACUUUAGCCUCACAGUCAUGGUUUCAUUUCAUUGUCACUGUGCUGCAAUACGGCAUAAAAGACAUUUUACUAUUCCAAGACUUUAUGACUGCAUUGUAAGUACCCUCUCAUUUUGGCUGCAGUGGGAGAUUUCCCAAGCAAACAUGUAGAGUGUGUCUUUCUAGAAGGACAGUACUCCAUACUUUCUCUUUGUGUGUAUGGACUGUAUGUUUUCGCUUUCUGGAUGUGUUUGGAGAAUUCAGUAGCAGAGGUUCAUAAAGGCAGUUAGAUAGCAAGCUAACUAGCUAGCGAGCAGGCUAGUGAGGUAACACGCUAGUGAGUGAGCUUACUAGAUAGCUAGCCAACUUGUGAGUGGUUUUCACUUUGUAGAGGGACUCUUCAGGGACUUUUCAUCAGGUAUGUGUGAUUCUUGACAUCCUUACAAAGUAGGCUAGGCUAGGUUACAUUCAAAAAGCUACUUUUCAUGGCAAUGGAGGCGUUGCCCUUGUUGCACUCUGGACAGGACUGGAGGACUGGAAAGUAAACAUGAUGACGUUGCUCACUCUGUAGCCAGUUGACAUGCUUGCCAGUGGAUUAGCUUGCUCGCUACAAUGCUCAUUAGCUCACUCGUUAGCUAGUUAGCUUGUUAGGGAACUUGUAUAUGUGCUGCUAUUCCACUGCUGAAUUGACUAGAGUAGAUGAUGAGGUACAGUGCACUGUGGGACACCUCUGGUGAUUCUGAGCUAACCAGAUAACAUCAAACUGUCUUUAUGAACCUCUGCCAUUGUGGAUUUUGGCCACAAAAUGCAUAUUUAUUUUGUGUGUGUGUGUGUUUGCGUGUUAGAGAGACAAAGAAAGAGAGAGACUGUUACUCGGUUAGCCAGUGAGGGUGUGGUGUGCGUAUGCUUGUGUGUGUGUUUUGCUCGGCCCUGGCUAGCGCUGUGCCUCCAGUUUGAGUCGUACCUCUGAACAUCAAGACUGUUCUCACUCCAUUCAGCUUUGUGUUCACACGUCUGCAUGAGGCAAAGUGUAUGUGAUCAGCCUGUGGUGCAUUUUACUAAGGAUGUUAGAAAUGUAGUUGUUGAAGACUGAAAUUUUGUGCUUGUUGAGUGUGCGUGUGUGUGUGUGUGUGUGAACGCAUGUGUGUGUGGGCAGUUACAGUAUGACGUGUUGAAAUGAUGUGACCUGUUAGCAUGCUCUGGUUCCCUCUUGCCCCUCUUUUCUUUUCUAUUGUUAUUCUGGCCCAGGGUUCAACAGCUCAAAUGUUUGUUUUCCUAGUGAAAGAAAACAGAACAAGAGACGACACUGGCUUCUGCCAAAAUAAAGGACCUGAGAAUAUGACAAAUACCAGGUCCACUGAAAGCAAAUGUGAAUGUGGGCGUUCCAUGGCAUUUUCUAGAGUGGUUUUGGUCCACCCAAACCUUGAAGGCUACUGUAACUGCCUAUUAGUAUGAAACCAUCCUGUGUAAUGGCCAUGACUUUAAUUGUCAUGGUAGUAGUUGCCUCCAGGAUAUGGUAGCCCAAUACUCUGUACUUAAGCCUAGCCUUACUAAUACUCUGACUUUAGCUUCCUAUUGGACACCUUGUCACAUGUCCUUUAGUUCGUCCUUGAGUUUGGCAGUUGGCAGUGUUUUUUCCCCAGGACGUUAUUGGGAAAUGUCUCUGUUUGGGCUAACUCCAUCUUUGGGCCAGGAGAGAGGAUUAACAACUUGUUCUUCUUCAAAUCCUCAACCUUUUCUUUCUCAGAUUGUAUAUCCAUUUUUUAAGAUAUAUUAAAGAGAAUAUAAAUAAAACUAA